AUGUGUGACCAGCAGCAGAUUCAGGGUUGCCUGCCGCUCCCCCAGUGCUGUGUGAAGGGUUCCUCCUUCUACCCCUCCCAGUUCCCCAGUGCCAAGAGCCAGGCGGUGGUCCAAGCCCCUUGUGAGAUGCAAAUUGUGGAGUGUCCCACAUCAUGCCCAGUUCAAGUUUCCCAGGUAAAAUGCCAGGCUCCAUGCCAGUCCCAGACUACGCAGGUGAAGUGCCAGGCUCCAUGCCAGUCUAAGACCACCCAAGCAAAGUGCCAGGCUUCAAGCCAGUCUAAGACCACCCAGGUGAAGUGCCAGGCUCCAUGCCAGUCUCAAAUUUCCUGUGUUCAAUGCCAGGCUCCAUGCCAGCCUGAGGUGUCCUGUGUGCAAUGUGAAGCUCCAUGCCCUGUUCAGACCUGCUAUGUAGAAUGUACUCCAGUUUGUUAUACAGAAACUUAUGUGGAAUGCCCAGUCCAGACCUUUGUACCCCGUCCAGCUCCUCAGCCUGUCCAGGCUUACGUGGCUUGUCCCCCAGUUUCCCAGACUCAGGGAAGAUUCUCAACCCCGUGCCAGUAUCAGGGCUCCCAUGGCAGAUACGUUCUGCAGCGUCAGUCCCCGGCUUCCUACAGCAACUGCGCCCCACGGUUCCAAUCCGGGACUUACUACAGCAACUGCACCCCCCAGCGUCAGUCCCGGGCUUCAUUUAGAACUUGCGCACCCCAGUGCCAGGCCCGAGGCUCUUAUGGGAGCUUCCCCGCCCAGCGUCGCUCCCAGAGCACCAGCAGAUGCCUCCCUCCUCGCCAGCUGCAACCUUCUUACCGCAGCUGUUCCCCUCCACGACGGUCUGAGCCCUACUACAGCAGCUGGCUGCCAUCAGCAUGUUCUUCGAGUUCCUAUAACUACUGCACCCCACCACGCCGCUCUGAGCCCAUCUAUAGCAGUGGCUGUCCUCGGGGUCCCACUUCAGGCUGCUCUCGGAGAUGUGGUCCCAAGUGCCGGAUAGAGAUUUCCUCCCCCUGCUGCCCUAGGCAGGUCCCCCCGCAAAAGUGUCCGGUUCGGAUUCCCCCCAUCAGACGCUGCUCUGAGAGUUGUGCCCCACGACCCUCCUGGGGUGCCUCCUGCCCGGAGCUGAGGCCACGUGUAGAGUCACGUCCACUCCCAAGUUUCUGUCCACCACGGCGUCUGGACCAAAGUCCAGAGAGAUCACUCCAGCGAUGCCCACUUCCUGCCCCACGUUCAUGUCCACAUCCUGCUCCACGGCCAUAUCCAUGCCCAGAACCACGUGCAAGAUCAGAGCCCCGCCCAUGUCCUCUACCGUGGCAACGUUCCGAACCCUGUCUGUGUCCAGAACCAUGUCCAGACCCGUGCGCAGCCCCACAUCCUAGACCAGUGCAGCGUGAAUUUCCCGAGUCACGUCCAUGUCCACAACCCUGUGAGCUCCCAGAACCUUAUUUACUUCCAGAGCCAAUUCCCCUUCCAGCACCCUGCCCGAGCCCAGAGCCCUGUGUGGAGCCUCGGUGGUGUCCCAGCCCAUGCUCGGGACCAAAUCCAAUCCCAUGCCGGGCAGACCGAGGCUGUCAUGAGUCCAGCCCAUGCCGCCUAGACACUGAGGCCCCCAGCUGUGGCCCAGCUGGUUAUAACCAGUGGCAAGGAAGUGGUGACAGCUUUGGACCUUGUGAUGGGAUUCCAGAGCCACAGGGUUUCAGUGAUUGUGCAGACCAAGGAGGCACCUGUAUUGGACUGAAACGAGGUUCUUCUGUUGGAACAAAGGGGGCUUAUUUUUAA